CGCAUCACAGCUCGCUUCCACGUGCGAUUUGUGCCGUCAUGACAUUCUUACGAGGAAGAUUAAAGUCGAACCAACCUAGAGCCUCUAUAUCCCCCUGACGUGGCGGUGGCUACACCUCCAUCGAGGUCCCAGUCCUACAAGUGACUGGCUUUGCGUCGAUUCAUGGACGAUUCACUGCCGCAGACUUGUGCGACGUUGUGCUAUUCUUUCAUGAUCGCAAUUUCUUUCAACAUCGUCGUAUUUGACACUUGUUUUGACGUGCAGUAUAAACUGCCCAGCAUCAAAUGUUGUCACGAUGCGCCAGCAGGAAAUGUGAUCUCUGAGUCAAUGGACGCGCCGUACAGUCGCGUCGUUGGCAUCCCUUUCGACCUGUUAUGCAUUGCUCAACCAACAUGGCCACGUCGUUCAAGUCCUGUAGCGUCGUGCGUUCAUAUGUUGGUGUCAUGUCGUCAUGCUCGCUUCCAAGUGGCGCUGCGCACGAACACCAAGGGAUCCAUGCCCUCCUGUGGUAGAUUGCCCGAUUGCCAGCACUCGCUGCACUUGGACGCGAUGACGAGGUCCACGAGCUUGGUUGCCAAGGUGGUGCCGGUGCUUGGGGGAUGGAGCAUCUUCGAAUGAUUGGUUAUAUAUUAUCCAAUAAAACAUAUCCUGCCA